AUGCGCCGCUCGCUACUCACAACAGCUACAAUGAAUGAUGAACAUUUCAGCAAGGCCGAAGCACAAAUGCAUAUGCGUCACUCGGGCCCUGCCUUAGUAACAACAGUCUGGCUACUCUCGAGCAUGCUGAUUCCAAGCGUCUUUGUUCGGCUUCUACACGACUUCAGACAACGAUCACGUCGUCGAUCACCAGCAAUAGACGAUGUACUGGUCCUAGUCGUGGCCCUGUUCGCUCUUGCCAGCAUGUUCACCAUGUCUACAACAGUGACUAGCACAGCAACACAGGAAAAUGCGCUGAAUACGGUCCAUACAAGUGAUUCACAAGUCAGAACAUACGUGUCUACGGUCUUGUUCGUUCUCGGUCUAAGCUUGUCGAGGAUGCCGCUUAUUUUUUGGCUCAAACGACUCGAGCUUCAUAGAGUCUACAGGACGUGCACCAUCGCAAUAGGCUGCGCAAUACUUGCAUGUACGAUUGUUUCGACAACCAGCGUCAUGUUCCAGUGCAAGUUACCUAGGCCUUGGGAUAUCCGAAUGGGACGAUGUAUACACUUGAUUCAGCAACCAUUCUGGACCACUAUAAUCGCGAUCGACAUCACGCUCGAUAUGACUUUGAUUGUUCUGCCUGUAUUCGCGGUCAUGGGCUUGGGUGUCCAACAGCACAACGAAGGUUGGGCUGCCUUUAUCCUCUCCCUUCGUACACUUCUCAUAAUUCCGUCGCUUGUGCGGCUGGUCUAUCUGCAACAGCCAACACCUACUGGCUACAAUCCCGCGCUAGAGAGUCUACCGUAUGCCAUCGCUACGCAAUGCCAGAUCGCGAUAGCUGCCAUAUUAUCUUGUUCGCCCGCUCUACCUUGUCUUACCACUCUAGUCGACUGUCCGUCGACCAUCACUCCAGUGACGGUCAACGAGCACUGGUCUGCCUCGAGCUCCUGCAGCAACUUAGCCAAUGAUUACUUCGCGUCAGCACCAAUAACACUCGUCAAAGAGCCACUGCCAGCUAUACAAGCUUCUAUGACUACUCCUACAAGCUCCCAACAUGGUUCCGUAGUCUCCUUGACCAGUCCUCUAGGUGGAACGUUUGCAAAGCCACCGCCGCGGCCAGCACCGCCAUCUGAACACCAACGGCCUGACAUGAGUAUGUUCACUCGCAGACCGACAGUGAUGAGGCCACCUCUGGUGACCUUGUUGCGCAAUGGUUGCGACGACAGGCCAUGCAAUAUGAUCUUCAAGCAAGACUGGCACGUCGGGGAGGCAGUCGGAACCUCUAAGCAUGUAAAGUUCAAUGUUUAA